AUGGGUAGUAUCUCGAAUGGGCCUUGUCCCACUCGGAUUUAUGAAAACAAGAUUGCUCUUGUUACUGGAUCAGCUCGUAGCAUUGGCGCUGCGAUCGUUCGCAAUCUAGCCAGCAAAGGUUGCCACGUUAUUAUCAACUAUGCAACCCCGGCGUCGGACAAACCAGCUCAGGACCUUGCCUCCGAGCUUGAGGCGACUCACUCAAUUCGAGCUCUGCCCAUUCGGGCAGAUAUAACCACAAAAAGCGAAUGCGAACGAAUUGUGUCAACGGCAAAAGAGUAUUUCACAGAUCGCAACACGGGGAAGUUCCAGAUCGAUAUCAUCGUCCACAAUGCUGCUGUUCUCUUCCUUGGUCCUCUUGAAUUUGUUGAUCCCGAUGAAUUCCACAGAAUUUACGAAGUCAAUGUUCUAGGCCCUAUUCUCUUGACAGGGGCGUGCAAAGAAUAUCUCCCUCGUGACCGUUCGGGUCGCAUUGUGAUGAUUUCAAGUAUCAAUUCGAAGGUCGGAACGGAGAAUACCACACUAUACGCAGGCACCAAGGGUGCUAUAGAAGCCAUGACAAGAGUUUGGUGUCGGGAACUGGCUGAGCGAGCGACUGUCAACUCUAUCAACCCGGGCCCUGUGAUGACCGAUAUGUAUCUCACAGCGCCAGACGAGGUCAAGGAGGGACUCGCACUUUGGAAUCCGCUUACCCCGUUAGUUGCCGUCCGUGAAUCGGACAAUGACGAAGUAAAGAAGUUGGGUGAAAAGUUUGGCGGCAGGGCAGCUUAUGCUGAAGAGAUCGCUGGCUUGAUUGCUACCAUCUGCAACCCAGAGUUUGGAUGGUGCACUGGAAGCAUUAUCUCUGCGAAUGGUGGUCUGUCUUUCAGUAUCUAA